AUGGGGAGUAAUCCUAUUGCACGAUGGCACAUUUGUCGAGCUUCCAUCAAUGCUAUUGCCUUCUCCGCUGAUGGAAAAUACUUGGCAACUGUUGGGAGAGAUGGUUACUUGCGAGUUUUUGACUACCACAAUGAACUCCUGUUUUGUGGUGGAAAAAGCUAUUAUGGUGCCCUUCUAUGUUGCGCCUGGAGUGCUGAUGGAAAAUAUAUCUUGACCGGCGGUGAAGACGAUCUAGUUCAAGUUUGGAGUAUCGAAGAUAGGAAAAUAGUUGCAUGGGGAGAAGGGCACAACUCAUGGGUGAGUGGAGUGUAUUUUGAUUCAUACCAGUUAGCUCCAACUCCAGAAGUCGACAUGGAAACGAAUGUGGUUUACCGUUUCGGUUCAGUUGGUCAGGUGUGUUUUUACUGUUUAUGUUUAGCAUAUAUUAAUUGUGAAUCAAAAUUGUUGAAUGGUCUGUUUAUUUUGAAUACACUUGAGCAGGACGCCCAGUUACUUCUAUGGGAUCUCGCGAUGGAGGAGAUUGUAGUUCCAGUUCGAAGAUGCGUGCCAGGUGGUCUCCCACAUUCAGCGUUGGGAGCCAAUCGUCUCACUGGGACAACACAGUGCCAGCUGGCUCCCUCAUGUCAGCUCCAAGAAUGAGAGACGUUCCUAAACUGUCCCCCAUAGUGGCUCACCGCGUCCAUUCAGAACCCUUGUCAGGGUUGGUUUUUACUCAAGAAUCUGUCAUCACUUCAUGCAGAGAAGGCAAUAUCAAAGUCUGGUU